UCGACGACGGUGACCGAAGCGUCCUCAACAUGCCGUCCCUCGCUGUCCAGGAGUCUCUCUCUCCCAACGUCUCGUGGGAAGCGGACGAGAAGCCACUCAACUCGGACGCUUUUGGUCACCUUGAGCUGCAGACGGACGGAGGAGAUCUCGAUGACGCUCAGUCCGAAGACCCGACAAGUGGUUGCGACAAGACUAUCUUUUCUGAAGACUGCAAGAACUACCAGGAGGUUUUUAGAUUCUCCAAGGACCACAAGGAGCUUUUUGGAGACUUCGAGGACUCCAAGCAAGCUUCUGGACUGAGUCAGCAAGCGGCCAGCAAAUCUGCAACAUUCAAAUGUGACGUGAACGGUGGACAUACUGAGGCGAUGAACGACGGAACCACCAUCAAGAAAAGGGGAACUGACCUGAAAUGGAUCCAUGAAGAAGGAAAAUGUUCGAAGGAGAAGGACAGGAGACUGGAUGCCCCCAAAGAUCGGAAGAAAGCAAAGGAUGAAGGUAGUCAGGUGCUGGAACAUGAGGCGCUGGACCGCGGCUGGGCGUGGCUGGUGCUGUUCGGCUCCUUCGUCGUCGGGGCUGUGAUGGGUCUCCUCAUUCCUUGCUAUGGGAUCUUGUUUUUUGACUUGCUCACGAGCUUCAACGCGUCCUCUACGGUGACCUCAGCGAUAUUCAUCGUAGGAGUCUUCGUUGUCACCUGCGCCAACAUGGUGGCGGGGCCGCUGACGGAGCAGUUUGGGUGGCGAUGCGUGGCUGUGGGCGGCGGGGUCCUUGCCUUCGUCGGCAUGGCAGCCUCCGCCUUCACCCCCUCCCCCUACUUCCUUUUCUUCUCUUACUCCAUUCUCUCAGCUCUCGGCCAAGGACACUGCGUUUUCGUAUCAUACGCAGUCAUGCCACACUACUUCAAGCGACGAAUCGGCAUGGCUAACGCACUCAUGGCGUCGGGAGUUUGCAUCGGCGGCAUAGUCGGGCCUCCAGUGGUAACCUUCCUGCAGGAGCAAUACGGCUUCAAGGGCGCCACUCUCAUCGUGGCGGCGUUUGCACUCAACUUUUGCCUUGCUGGUGCCUUGUUCCGCCCGCUGCAGAGACCCAGUAACGUGAAUAAGACCACGGAGAGCACGGACAAGGAAGCCAAGGACAAGGAGAUCAAGCACAAAGCGAUCAAGGACAGGGACACGAAUAACAGUGAGGACCAGGAGGUCAGAAAGAGUAUGAAUAAGAUUGCAGCCACGGGCGAAGACAAGAAUGGACUAUGCUGUGUGGCGAGACAGAUGGUCUCCUCCGUGGUCACAAACAUGAAACUCUUAAAAAACUCUCACGUUGCCCUUAUAACCCUUAGUGGCGCCUUGGUGAUGGCCGGAUACAUGAACCUCUCCUCUCUGGUGCCCUUCCUCAUCCAGGAGUACGGGCACACGCAGGAGACGGCGGCGUGGUGCUUGUCCGUGGCCAACUUCUGCAAUCUAGCCGCCCGCUUCCUCUUGGCCUCAUGCAUUGACUUCUCCUGGUUCCACAUCCGCGGCUGCUUCAUUGUCUCCGCGGCCAUGGUAUCCUCUGCUACAGUGGGUGCUCUCCGUGACUUUAGUGGCAGCUACACCAUCAGUCUGUACUUCAUCGGCGCCACUGUUUCCAUCUCCGCCAUCCUCAUCCUCCUCGUCCCCACCGCCAUGGCCUAUGAUAAGCGAAAGGAAAAGAGGCAGCUGAAAAAGGACGUUGAGCUGGGAGGCUGAAGUUUGGUAACUCCCGCAGCACCCACGAAAAGCCAAGAGAUAAUCAACUGCGCCGUAAGGAAACUCCAGCCAAGCGGUCCUCACUCGUCACCGCCACUACCCCGUGCAGCCCCCGCCCCGCCCCGCCCCGCCCCGCCCCGUCCCGGGCCCCGAGCAAUCCUGUCGCAUCCUGUCGCCGCACCUCUCACUACCGCCGUAGCCGCCGCCGCCCGCCUGAUUUGGCGGGCAGUCUUUUAUGCAUGAGCCGGAUCGAAACAUAAAAGCGUUUUAUUCAUGUUUCCACAAAACGAAUAAAUUUUAAGACAAU